CAUUUUUAAGGUUAUGUAUUAUAACCUACACAGUUUCUCGUUGUUUAUAAACUUUGUUGAAGUUUAUUAAAACAAUGGAUGAAUUUAUUCCAACGCGAGCCUCAAUGGCAAAGAAAAAUAGUGCAACAGAUAUACAAGUAGUCAGUUAUGAAUCCCAUAAACCAAAAGCGAAAACAGAAAAACAAUCCAGAGAAGUAUAUAAACCAAAUGAGUUCAGCAAUGAUGUAGGGUUCGAUAUUAAAGAAGCAAAACAUGAAGUAAUCAAGUUCGGAAUGUCCGGCUUCACUGGCAAAAGAAAGGAGCAAGCCAAAAUGCAGCUGGCUAUUAAGUUGGGUGCGAAACCACCAAAAAAUAAGUACAAGAACUAUAAAGAGCUUCUUGAAGAAAAGAAAAAACAAAAACUUAGGGAAGAAAAUAGGAAAAAUUCAUUUCAAUUGGGCAAAAAUGGUGUAGGGAAAUCCACUGCCAAAGGAAAGACUUUUGAUAAAAAGAGGAAAAAGGAUAAAGGAGAUCUUUUGAAUAUUUAUGGAAAAGUUACAAAGGGUAUGAAGAAGUAAAAUGAUUGUAUUUACAUGUAUAUUGUUUCUAAUAUGUAAUAAAAUAAAUUUUCUUAAA